ACACCAGUGUUGGCGAUUUAGGGCGUAACAGAAGAAACAAGCCGUAGAAGAGGGCUCUCUUUUGUGGAGCGUAUUUUAUCCUAUUUUCAAUCGCGGCUGGGAAGCUUCGUGUUCAUAUGGAUCGGUACCACAGGGUUGAGAAGCCGAGGGCUGAGACUCCAAUUGACGAGAAUGAGAUUCGGAUUACAAGCCAGGGAAGGAUGCGCAACUACAUCACAUAUGCCAUGACCCUACUUCAGGAAAAAGGUUCCAAUGAGAUUGUUUUCAAGGCAAUGGGAAGGGCUAUAAAUAAGACCGUGACGAUUGUGGAUCUAAUCAAGAGGCGAAUUGUAGGUCUUCAUCAAAAUACCUCAAUUGGCUCCACAGACAUCACUGAUACAUGGGAACCCUUGGAGGAAGGCCUUCUUCCAUUGGAAACAACGAGGCAUGUCUCGAUGAUUGUGAUUACCCUUUCGAAAAAGGAAUUAAACCAAUCCUCUGUGGGGUACCAGCCUCCACUUCCUGCUGAACUGGUGAAAACAUUUGUUGAGUAUGACUACGAAGGAGAGGGCUCACCUCAUGAUCAGGGUCCAGGACGUGGUAGAGGACGAGGCCGCAAUGGCAGAGGAAGGUCAAGGGGUAGAGGACCCCCAGGUAAUGGGUUUGUGGCAAAUGAAUAUGAUGAUGGAGAUUGGGAUCGUAACAGGGGUGGUAAUGGAAGAGGAAGGGGUCGAGGGAGGGGUGGUGGUAACUUCCGUGGCCGUGGAAGAGGAGGAUACAAUGGACCGCAAUUUUAUUUACAGCAAGAUGGAGGAUACAACCAAGACUUUCCACUUCAAGGCCGAGGUCGUGGACGUGGAAGGGGUGGUUUUCGUGGGAGGGGCCGUGGUUUCAGAACUAAUGGACCGAUCCAAGCUGCUGCAUGAGGUGCUGAAAGGUUAAAAUCCUAAUUCUAUGCAAUUAUGAUGGAUGACUCCUCUGAUGUAUCAUUAGGGUUUUCUCUUAUUUUAGUGGCUAGUUGCCAAGGACAACUAUAUUAACAGUAGGAAUUUGGUUUUUUAUUUUUUCUCCCUUUCUUUGAUCAUAAUUAGAUUUGGAAGUGUUUAAAAGAGUCGCUAUGGAGGGUGGCGACUCGUUUUCUUGUAGAUUUAGGUGAGCUGCUUGACGUUUGUAUUUUAUUUUUAAAAAAAUUUCUUGGCCGGACAGUGUAUUCUUUUAUUCGAGUUUAGGGAUCUUCUGGUGUCUUCCAGCGCUCUCUUCUCUUGUUA